AUGUCGCCACGAGAUAACACCGUGGGUCCCCAGAGACGCCGCCCGUCACUCUCAAUUCGGUCAUGCCCGCGCACCGCCGCGUACCCAAUCGCCCUCCCGAAGGAUUACACAUUCGAUCAGUGGCAAACGACCUCCCUGGUGGAGGCGUGCGAUGGGGAUAGUUCAGCAGUGGAGGACAUGGAGCCCUUUCCAGAGGCUGUGCCUCGACGCCGUGCGGCGAAGAGCUUCUCUAGUCUGCGGCACCCCAUGGAUGGCUUAGUUGCUCUGGGCCGCCGGCUGUCCGUCACCCUGCGCAACAAGUCGUCCAAGCAGAACAUGCGUGUUGCCGCAGAAGAGCAGGAUGACGAUCGCCGCCACUACCACCACGUUUCGGGCCACUCCAAUCAUAAGAGAGGCAUGGCAUCAGGCAACUGGGGGCUUCGAUCUCGAGCCUGGUCCCAUGGCCCUAACGUUCGCAGUAUUAACCGUCGUCCUUCCUUGAACAGCGUGUCGGCGCUCCAGGGAUUCUAUGCCCCAACCGCAUCCAUCCCGGCGCCUAUUCCAGGCCAUGGACGGGAACCGCCUAUUCUUCCCAAUGAUAUGUCUGCGGGCGCGGCGGCACGGGCUGCGGCUGCUGCGCAGAAUGAGCAAAUUGAGUUGGCUAAGUUGGAAAUGCUGAAGGCGGAGCGUGAGAUCAUUGUUAAGAGCUCCGAAAUGAGAUUGACACAGGACUCGGAGAGCGGGAUUGGGAUUGACUUGCGGGACCGCUCCGAGUGCUCCGAUACAGAAUUGGAUGUGGUUCGCCUCGAUCCAUUUUCCUACCUGCCGACCGAGAUUACAGCUCAGAUUCUGUCACACUUGGAUCCGGUAUCCCUGAUGAACGCAGAGCUGGUAUCAAGCGAUUGGCAUCACCAGGCGUCCUCCCCCCAUGUCUGGAAGCAUGUCUUCCGUGGCGCCUAUCCUCGUCGUCAGACUAGCUCCACCUCGCACAAAAAGAAGCAGUCUCUCGGCCUGGGUAAGUCCAUUCCGAACCAGGAUUGGAAACGAAUGUUUCUUGUUCGGCGCGCCCUCGAGCAUCGCUGGAAGGAGGGAAAGGCUGCAGCAAUCUAUCUCCACGGUCAUACUGACAGUGUCUACUGCGCGCAAUUCGAUGAAAAAAAGAUUAUCACUGGUUCUCGCGAUCGCACUAUUCGUGUUUGGGAUGCCCACUAUCCCUGGUCUUGUCAGAAGAUCAUCGGACCACCCCCGGGCGAUGUCUCUAUCGCUGGCCCUGUAAACAAUCCAGCUCAGCAGGCCACUGGCAAAUCUCCCUUUGCGACCAUUUGUCCGCCAUCGACUCCUUCCUCGGGAAUCAUGGCCCCGAUGGAACACCCAGCCAAUUACCACAGCGCUUCGAUUCUUUGCCUGCGCUUUGACGAGGAAAUUAUGGUGACUGGGUCUUCGGACUACACCUGCAUUGUGUGGGAUAUCAAGAAUGACUAUCGACCCGUCCUACGCCUUUCUGGACACCGUGCAGGUGUGUUGGAUGUUUGUUUCGAUGAUCGGUAUAUCGUUUCUUGUUCCAAGGAUAGCACUAUUUGCAUCUGGGAUCGCAAAACCGGCGCGCUCCUCAAGCAGCUUCUCGGCCAUCGUGGCCCUGUGAACGCUGUGCAACUCCGGGGUGACCUCGUGGUCUCGGCCAGUGGGGAUGGUGUCGUCAAGCUGUGGAAUGUUACCUCCGGUCAUUGCGUCAAGGAGUUUCCUAGCAAGGACCGCGGCCUUGCCUGCGUCGAAUUCAGUGAUGAUGGCCGUACCAUCCUCACGGGCGGUAAUGACCGUACCAUUUACCAAUUCGAUGCCAACACUGGGGAGAUGGUCAAUGAGCUCAAGGGACAUACUGGUUUGAUUCGUUCGCUUCACCUUGAUAGCAUGAACAAGCGGAUUGUCAGCGGCAGUUACGAUAUGAGUGUCAAAGUAUUCGACACCGACUCUGGCGAGCUCUCCAUUGACCUGCCCGGUUGGACCACCAGUUGGAUGCUGAACGUCCAGUCAGACUACCGCCGCAUUGUCGCUACUAGUCAGGACUCUCGGGCUGUAAUUAUGGAUUUCGGGUAUGGAUUGGACGGCAUUGAACUGCUCGAAGAUUGA